CUUAGUAAGGGGUUGUUUUUGAGACCACAUUGCUUUGGCACAGUUUAAUGGUUUUAUCAUUUACAAAAAAGGACUCAUUAAUGACCAAGCAGUAAUUUAUGGCCAAUACUGACAGUUAGGAUUGGCACAGAAAUGGAAAUAGCUUCUCUUGGAUCCAACCAGUCCAUCAAUUGGCAAUCACUUUAGGCCAAAAUGCACACUAACGAAGUUCACAGUGAAGCAUUAGCUGAAUCUUCUCCACCAAGGUUCUAUACUAAUUGCUCAAGAGAGAAGCAAUUGCUCAAUUUCUCCACCAAGGUUCUCCAACUUCAUACCGUAAACAUUUUACCAUAUCUGUCCAAUUCCAAUUUGUAUUUUGUUUGCGAUGGAUGUCUUUGGUAAAUCCAUAAAUCUUACUUCUACUUAUAUAGUUGAUGAUUCCAACUAUCCUUGAUGCUUUGAAUGGUUCUGAAUCAAUCCUAGAUCCUAUCACAAAAGUUUGCACUCAAGGUGUUCAACAAAAUCCCUUGAAGAGAAUUUAUAAUUUCUAAUUCUAGAGCAUGAACAAGUAUUUAAUUUCUAAUUCUGGCAGCUGAUUCAUCAAAUACGAGGCCCCUUCCCAGCACCAUGACUCUGAUUCUAACAUCUUUUGAUCACGAGGGACAAUAUUAAGAAGUAAGGUCUUAUGUAUAACAUCUUUUAGUUUGUACAAUUCUUUCUAUUUUUUAAUCAUUUGACACCUCAGUUUCUAAUUUCUUACAAGGAACAUAUUUAGUGAAAGAAGUGAGUAAGUCAAUGAUAUGGAAAUUUGAAGACGGUGUUUUAUUUGUAAAUUAUUCUUAGCUGAUAUUCAGGACAGUGCGUGUGUAUAUAAAGGGAAAAGACGUGGAGGGACAGUGUUUGCAAGUGAAGACUAAAUUUGUUGUUCUGUCCUGCAUAUGUUGAAAUAAGAUGAAACCUCAACCAUGAAGGUUCUUUCAACACUUUCAAGAUAUGGGGUUUUACUCUUCCUUCUCCCUGAAGAACGAUAAUUCGCUCUGAUGAAGACGAAAGACCAGAGAUCUAUUCAUCGAAUAUUUGACGUGAUGGCCUCUGUGGGAGAUUGUAACCAACGUCCUCAAGAAGGCUGCAAAAGUUCUUUCUUACCGCCACGAGAGGAAUUCUGCCCGUCACUCCAAGCCACCAAUCAAUAAUCAGAUGUUGGGGAAAGGCUCAACCCCUACGAAGCAGAGAGCGAAAAACUGAAAUGGCAGCAAGGUGAAACGCUGAAGAGUCUCUUCGAAGCAGCAGCAGGAACUCCAAAAAAACCCUAGGAAGAAUUCGGACGAUUGGAGAGGAAGACCGAACUACCUGCUUCUUUUGACAGAACCACUGCCCUCAAUCUUUUUCUGCAUCCAGGGUUUUUCUCUUCCUUCUCCUCCCUGAAGAACGAUGAUUCGCUCUAUUCAUAGAAUAUUUGACGUGAUGGCCUCGCUGGGAGGAACGAAUAUUGUAACCAACGUGGUCAAGAAGGCUGCGAAAGUUCUUUAUUACCGCCACCAGAGGAAUUCUGCCCGUCACUCCAAGCCACCAAUUUGGACAGUGAGAUUUGUACCGCAGAUUCUGAUAAAAUAUCUUCCCGCAUACUCACUCACUGUAGAUGUACUAGAGUUCUGGAGAAGCUUUGCUUCUUGCAUACUCACCCAUCUUCCGGGUUUCUAGGGUUUCUUUUGAAAGCCCGAAAUUUUGGUCUGGGAUUUCACACGAGAGAAGCUUUGGAGUACUUGUGAUUUUGGUCUGGGAUUUCGCACGCCAUUUUGGAGUACACGGAGAUAAACCUAAAGCACAUCCCAGGCAACCAGACAUAGCGAGAUAACUAAGGGAGAUUGACUUUUCAAUCAGAUGGGUUGCAGUGACGACACAGCGGCAGUCGAGCAUCGGCGACAAAGGAGGAAUUGUGAUGGAUUCUAGGAGGGGUAUUGUCGAAGGCUUCUUCUGGAAGCCGCGCUUCACACAGCGCAGAUCGGAGAGGGAAAAGAGAGGGAUUACUCUAUCGACCAGAAUAAAAACAGAGAUGACGGGCACAACUUUAGGAACAACGCAUCUUGAGGGAGAGGUAAAGGUGAAGGUCGUGGUUGCAGGAGUACAAUUAACAAUUCUUCAUCUUUCUCAACAUUGGCCCAGUGGCUAUGAUUGGGAAUAGCAUUUUACGCAUUGUGAUCGCCUCAUUGUCUAUGUACUUUGUGAAUAUUUCCACUCAUGUGAACUGUCCACAACCCCGUCCUGGAAACGCAAUGGGGGCAAAGAUCUUCCUCUUCGGUGAUUGUGUGUAAACAGACCGUUCUUCUUUUAGAGAUGCUAAGAAUGUAGAAACUGUAAGGUUAAUUCUUGGGGAGCAACAUCACCCGCAUCAGCGAGUAGAUCUACUGGUCUUCUUCUUCUUUCAACGUGGUAGCAAGGUAAUGCUUUUUAUUCGAGUUUUAUUCAAUUUUAAAAAAAUUCUUUCAUUUUUUUGUGGUAUAUAUGUAAUUUGAUAUAUUUUUGCACUUGAUAUUUCAAUUAUUCUCUAAUAAUUAUCUUUAUUUGAGUGCAUCAAUCUACAGUUUUGAGUGUAUUUCAUAAGCUUACCUAAGAUCAAGAGCCAAUACAGUGGGGUAAUUUAAAUUAGUGUUACACUGUCAAUAUAUUUGUUCUUUUUUGAUAGGUUACCACGAGUAUACUAUGAAUUUGCCUGAUAUUGUUUGUAGUCUAGGUUCUGUUUGGGAAGGCUGCAUUGGCAUAUCUGCAGUGAAGGUUUGAAUUAUGUUAUUGAUGAAUCUUAGUUUUAAUCAUGUUAUUGAUGAAUAAUGUGUCUUCAAACCUUCAUUUUCAUGUAGUUAUUCUUUGGGUGUUGUUAUUUUUCUCAGUCAAUGGAUGAGCAAAAGAGAGAAAUGAAGUUGAUGGACCGUGAAGCUACAGUUUCNUGCCUGAUAUUGUUUGUAGUCUAGGUUCUGUUUGGGAAGGCUGCAUUGGCAUAUCUGCAGUGAAGGUUUGAAUUAUGUUAUUGAUGAAUCUUAGUUUUAAUCAUGUUAUUGAUGAAUAAUGUGUCUUCAAACCUUCAUUUUCAUGUAGUUAUUCUUUGGGUGUUGUUAUUUUUCUCAGUCAAUGGAUGAGCAAAAGAGAGAAAUGAAGUUGAUGGACCGUGAAGCUACAGUUUCUUCCUAUGUAGGUGGUUCAUAAAGACUCAAAUAUGGUUGGUAGAGAAGGCAUCCCUCUUCAGGAAGGAUAAGAAAAGGUACUCCAAUAG